CUUGCCCUGAACCGGCACCGGGGGGUAAAAGAUUAUUUCUGCUUGGUCAGCUUCCAGGUGAUCAUGCUUGGACAGCAACUUGAUUUCAGACCAGCCUAUUGCAGAGAAAGCCACAUAAAACAUUGACCCCAGCCAGCCGCUGCAGCCCGAAGCAGUCUGGUCAAGGCAAUGACAGUGCUGGCCCAGCCAUGCCCACCGUGGAUGAUGUUCUGGACAAGGUCGGGGAGUUUGGCUGGUUCCAGAAGCAAGUCUUCCUGAUCCUAUGCCUGAUCUCAGCUGCCUUUGCCCCCAUCUACGUGGGCAUCGUCUUCCUGGCCUUCACCCCGGACCACCGCUGCCUGAGCCCCGGGGUGGCCGAGCUGAGCCGGCGAUGUGGCUGGAGCCUGGCCGAGGAGCUGAACUACACUGUGCCGGGCCCGGGGCCGGCGGGCGACGCCUUCCCCCGCCAGUGCCGCCGCUACGAGGUGGACUGGAACCAGAGCGCCCUCGGCUGCGAGGACCCGCUGGCCGGCCUGGCCGCCAACAGGAGCCACCUGCCGCUGGGCCCCUGUCAGCACGGCUGGGUGUACGACACGCCCGGCUCCUCCAUCGUGACCGAGUUCAACCUGGUGUGUGAUGACUCCUGGAAGGUGGACCUCUUUCAGUCCUGUGUGAAUGUGGGCUUCUUCCUGGGCUCUCUGGGCAUCGGCUACAUUGCAGACAGGUUUGGCCGUAAAGUAUGUCUCCUGGCCACCACCCUCAUCAGCGCCAUCUCGGGCGUCCUCACGGCCAUCGCGCCAGACUACACAUCCCUGCUGUUCUUCCGCCUGCUGCAGGGGCUGGUCAGCAAGGGCAACUGGGCCGCUGGCUACACCCUGAUCACAGAAUUUGUGGGCCCGGGCUACAGAAGAACGGUGGCGAUCCUCUACCAGGUGGCCUUCACGGUGGGGCUGGUGCUGCUCUCCGGGCUGGCCUAUGUCCUUCCUCACUGGCGGUGGCUACAGCUGACUGUCUCUCUGCCCACCUUCCUCUUCCUGCUCUACUACUGGUGUGUGCCCGAGUCUCCCCGAUGGCUGUUAUCGCAAAAGAGGGACACUCAAGCAAUAAAAAUAAUGGACCAUAUCGCCCAGAAGAACAGGAAACUGUCUCCUGCUGAUCUAAAGAUGCUCUCUCUCGAAGAGGAUAUCACUGAGAAGCUGAGCCCUUCAUUCGCAGACUUGUUCCGCACGCCGCGCCUGAGGAAGAACACCUUCAUCCUCAUGUACCUGUGGUUCACCAGCUCUGUGCUCUAUCAGGGCCUCAUCAUGCACGUGGGCGCCACCGGCGGGAACCUCUACCUGGAUUUCUUUUACUCUGCUCUGGUGGAAUUCCCAGCGGCCUUCGCCAUCCUCGUCACCAUCGACCGCGUCGGCCGCAUCUACCCAUUGGCCGUGUCAAAUCUGGUGGCGGGGACAGCCUGCUUCGUCAUGAUUUUUAUCUCACAUGAUAUACACUGGCUGAACGUCACAGUAGCUUGCGUUGGCCGGAUGGGAAUCACCAUCGCGUUCCAAAUGGUGUGUCUGGUGAAUGCAGAGCUGUAUCCGACUUUCAUCAGGAACCUUGGAGUGAUGGUGUGUUCCUCCCUGUGUGAUUUGGGUGGGAUCAUUGCCCCCUUCCUGGUCUUCAGGCUGAUGGAGGUUUGGCAAGGCUUGCCACUCAUGUUGUUUGCGGCGAUCGGCCUGGUUGCCGGGGCAACGACGCUGCUGCUUCCCGAGACCAAGGGGGCGGCGUUGCCGGAGACCAUCGAGGACGCGGAGAACUUCCGGAGGUGA